CCCGACUGGAUAAGUAAUCGGCAACAUCAAUGACGUUUCGCAUUGCACUGUUGUCCAUCACCGCCGUUUUCUUCAGUAUGGAAGUUGCAAGUGCGAUGGAGGGCGAGCUUCGACUUUACAAGGAGCCGCAUUUCAAGAGACUUCGACUUCUCGUCAAGAUUUCGGAGGGAAAUCGCUGCUACGACAUGGCGUGCGAUGACAUCGGCAACGUCAUCUCUUCGGCUAGGUGGACAGGCCUUCCAACCACAGGGUCAACGUUCGCCGAUGGCUAAGUCAAGAUUGCCUUCUACGCCGGUAAGAACUGCACCGGUAAAGUGACGGUAUUGAAUACGAACGUCGGUGAGGCUCCAAACUUUGCGCACUCCGAGAUGGAUAACGCCACCGCGUCUAUUGCGGUGCUUGAAACGUCGAACGCGAUGCAACACGCAACGAAAUAUCUUUGCAAGUGGUGAAAUUACCUUUUUCCGCAAUUGAGAAAGAAAAAGUUUUUUUCUUCGCAAAACCUGACAAAUAAAACCAAACAUGUUACUUGUACGUUG